AUUGAAUCUUGCGAACCUGACUUCGGUAGCAAUCUGACUGCUGCCUUCCUGUGCUUAAGCGUUCAGAUAUGCAUGAGCUGCUUCGAGAACACUAUCCAAGUCGCGCCAAUCCACCUUGAGCUUGGAAAUAAGCGUCAUAUCGACACGCUACCUCUACGUCUAAACCGCAAUGGCUCGCACGUUACCAUGGACAAUCGACCAUGCGCCACCACCCAAGCGGCAACGAACGCUUCAAGCGUCGCGCCCGGAUGUUAAGAAGCCAGCUUCCCCAGCUCGAAGUGAGGAACCGCACGACGAGCAUGACCCGCCUGAUAGGGGCCGCCGAUCCAACGCCACAUCGAGGAGAACCACCAACUUGAGAACACCGUCCUCGUCGCCAACUCGAGCGCCACCCUCCACCGAGUUAGUCUGGCGCAAGUGGUAAAGAGCACGGCUAACACCGCGACUAGGUUAAUGCAUGAAGGCUAUGACGCGGACGAUAUCUACAUCAUGGUUGAAGACGAGUUCUACACGGUUGCGCAGACUUACACAGCACAUCUGCAUCUUGCCGAGUACAAGAGACUUGUCAAGCAGGCACGGGAAGCACCACCCAAAGCUCUGCCAGAGCCGAAGUCGCCGAUGUCAAGACAGGCCAAACAAAGAUUGAAGUCCGAUGCUCUGCAACUGAAGCAGAAGGAUACCCUGCAAAGUCUAGGACUCGCAUCAAUGGAAGAGGAAGAGGAAGACAAGGUGCCUGAUUUAUGGUCGGGAACCAGCCUUGCUCCUCUGAUGGCUGGUGGCAACCAAGAAAAGACCUCUUUGCUUGGGUUGGAGAGAAUGGCAAGCAACACAAAGGCUGGGAUGGGCUUCAUCAGGCCUAGUAGCAGUGACUCUUCUGGGAGAGAUCUGGGACACGAUGACUUGACCAGAGUCGCCCCCACGACCUCAGGCACGAGCUCUGCGCGCGUGAAAGGCCACUCGUUUGCUGAUGCUAUAUCGUCUACCGGGAAAACAAAUAGCAGCUUGACUUCAGCACGAAGACCGGAUGUUCUUGCCGACAGGAGAUCAGAGCCACUUCGCGUUCGCUCUGUCUCAUCUGAAGCCCAAAAUGACCACGAAACGAAAACGACCGCGCCUAGUAGGAAUGACUCUGGUAUACGCAGACAUCGACCAACGCCAAAAGCAAACGGGAGCUUUCUCAAACGUAAGCUGGACAAGGAGCAGGAGAAGAAAUCGAGGCUCGAGGAAAUUCCAAUGUUCAUUAUUUGAUGGCUUCGCCACCAAACCAAGUUGUAUGCUCUUCCUUAUUUACAGCCAAAAAAGCCCCCCCCCCAGUAUCCAGCAUAUUCGUCCAGUUCGCCAAUUCUCCAAAGCACCGCAGCAAAAUCGCUCCAAGAAUGUAGGAGGUUCUGGUCACUGUCCAAGUUGUUCAAGGCGUGAUCCCACUUGAGCAGGACUCAUGUAUCGCUGUAAUGUAUCUGUUGAAACCACUCGGAGCACAGUUGAGCUAUCGAUCAUUUGGUUUGACAAGCAUGAUCAGGCUUGAGAGACUGCCAGCUGCUCAUCACAUGGCAUGUGGUGGCGGAUCACGUUGCUCGUCAGCUGGGCCUUCGACCAUCACAGCGUUGCUAGAGUGGGCAGUCAGCGACGCUUUUUGGUCUGACAGAAUUCAGGAUAUCUUACCCUUCAUGAUCGAUUUCGAAGUGGAUUUCCUGUCUGCGAAAGUUGGUAGGCUGACUCUUUGAGAUAUAUCAGUCAUCUCUAUCCUGGAUACAUUGGGAUAUCAACAUACAAUUGUCACACCUCUGGUCUCUGGAGUUGUUGUGGUCUCUUUGGUCAAUUUGGCUUUGAACCACUCUCGCGCGGCUCGGAAUUUCUCGACAACGCUUGCCUUCAUAUUGGCGAAUACGGUCAUGGUUGGAUCUGGUUCUCGAGUGAUAUUGGCUUUCGAGGGUGUGAGUCUUAUACACAGGCGGACAAUCGAGUCUGUUUGCUGUUUGGAGUGUUUGUUGAAGGAAAAGGUCUGAGAUCUGUUGAAUGACUUGUGAGAGUAACAGGAAGUGUACAAAGGAGUGACAAAUGAGUGAAAAGAAGUCCAAAGGCUUCAACCGCGCCGAGCCAGACGAGGAGAAACGAGGGGAAGGAAGGAAAGGAAAGACGAGGAGAGAGAUGCGACGGCGAGGGGAGUUAUAACACUCCCAUUGUCGCGACCAAGCGAUCACCUCGGGUUGCCUAUGGAGAGGAAGAGAAGAAGAACUUCACAAGAAAAGAAGGACUAGUAGGAUGCCAAAAAAAAGUUGGCCGGAGGACGUCGACGACAAGCAAGCAGACUCUUUGGAUGUCGAAAAGAGAGAAUCCAAAUUGCGCAGCCACAGCUCUCCCCCAUUGUCUUGUCCCCGGUCCAUGCCACGAGACAGACAUAGACAUGCCAUGUUGCGGACGAGUGAUCUUCCCCUACGCAAGGAAAAGGUGGUGCCUUGACCAUGAAGACAUCAUUCAUGGUCAUUGGAAUCACGACGCACGACGGGGCACGACCCUCUCUCUCUGUCUCUGAAACUUGGACGAUCUGUGACAAGGCAUGUGUCCGUGUCCCCCAUUCCUCGGGUAAACCCGUGGCGGAAAAAGAGUAAAAGCGGUGGCAUUGUCCACCGCAUACACGUUAUGAGUCAAACAAUGGGCGCCCUCGACCUCUGGCGAACCGGACGGACGGGCCGUUGAGAGAGGCCAAUCUAAAAAGUUCCGAGGGGUGGUUACACGGCAGGGAGAUUCGAAUGCUUUGACAUGUCCGGCGAUCGAGAAGAUUUGCUCCACUGGGGGACCUGGCUAUGCAGACCGGCCCCCCUUGCUUCGCUGAUCAUCGCAGGCCCGUAGGAAAUACUUGAGGAAGGGAGAAGGGAGGGGCGCAGCCGUAAGAGACUCAUCUCUCGAUACAAAUAUGUGCAGAGAGACACACCCACAUUAUUGGGCUGGAUAUCUUCUCCGAGCAUCAAAUCGCCUGUGGAAAUGUCCAGCGGAUGUGGCUAUCUCUUCGCCUGGCAGCAAAUGACGACGAUGAGACUGCAUCUUGCUCAGAAUGGGAAACCCCCGAUCUACAGCCAAUGCAAUGCAGACUCAACCCCUUCGCCGACAGUCUACUUCACUGCGAGCGAUCCUCAGUCAAGACUCCCAGCCAGCAAGACCAUAAUUUUAUACCACGCACAGCCAGGGAUCUCUUGGACGUCCCAGAUUGUCGCCAAUGCGCUGCAGCUGGUCGUUGGCAGGUCGAGAAGCGAGAGAAAACGCUACAGAAAAGCCUCCGCAACGGAUUACCUGACCUCUUCAGCCUUGCCGUCAGCAAACGGAGCAAGGCAGGCCAUGUCUUCGACGAGUGAGCCGUCUCCACAGACAAUUGAUGGUUCGCAACAUGGAGCCGUAGUCCGGGGCUCGCUUGGUCCAGAAGCGGAUGAGGCCCUAUUUCAUUUCAUGACCUUGAUCUCCUACUUGGAGGAAUCCUGUUGGCUCGAAGGAGGCUCGGUUUGGUCUUGCAUUGUUUGGUCCGCCUGAGUGGCAUCGUCGCUGGCUUCGGCCUCAUUUGCAUCUCGUACGCCGUGGUCAGGAACCUCUGCCCUAUACAGCUCGUCCGGGCCGAUCCAACGGGGACUUCUCCACGGUCACAUUCGUGCUGCACGGUGACAAUAGGCAAAACGCCGAAGCUCUGCAUUGGAAAGGAAGAGAUCAUCUCUACAGUACACGUUUGCAACCAAUCAGAUCUCGCCGACGGUUUUGGCAAACUUUUCGAUGUUGGUUGACGAAACUCCAAAUUAUUGUCUAAUCAAGAAGUAUUAACUACCGUGUUAGGCAGUAUUUUAUCCCUGCAUGCUCCCACACCGUCGGCUAGAUCUGAUUGGUUGCGAACUCGAGCGCAGCCUUUCUGCCUACGAGUAAGGAGUAUACAGUAGUCAUUUUCUGCGAGGCGAACCAACUCCCGUAGAUCAUCGAGACAGACUGGACAUGUCGACAAGAAGGCCCUUUUUCCUUGUGAAUUCACAAAGUCGAUUGAAGCGUUAUCACUGAUGCGGCAUGCCAAUGCAAUAUCUGGGCUUGGAGGUAGUGAAAACAGGCUUGACAACUUGGAGUCCCGCCGAUAGUACAACACAGGCAACACCUGAGCA